CAGUUACACAACCGCUUUCAGUUUCCCUGCCUGCUGCUGGUGGCUCCCCGCCCACCGCCGCUCUCUGCUGCUGCUGGGCGGACUGGGGCAGAUCCGAGCCGACCAGUUCCGUGUUCCCUCCUCCUCUCAGCGGACCAGACUGAAGCGGAGGACCCGGCAGCGUCAUGAUGGAGCCUCCUGCCCGGCCGAGGCAUCCAUAACUCCGGGGGGCGGAGAGGGGAAAGUGUGCCGAGGUAGCUUAAGUUCAUCAAACAGUCCGACGACAUACAAAGGGAUCAACAGCUGACCAUAACGAUGGAUGAACAGAUGGGAGUAAUAAGGAUGACUACCCAGAAGUCUCUGGCAGCUGUCCUUUGACCACUUGUGGAUUAAAAAUGGCCCUUUGGCUCGGACCGGGAGCGAAGCGAGACAUCGUACUGUCUGGGAGCUCUGGGAAUUUAGUUUGAAACUGGACUGCAAAGCUCUCUCCUUAUUUCAAUGGGACUCGCAUGGUUGGUGAAGAUGGAAUAAGAUCUGAGUGUUUCUAAAGAAAAACUGAUUACCAAAUAGAAAUUGAGUCAAGCAUGGAGCAGGAUUUCACACAAUAGGAUCUAUCGUACAUUUUGGAUGGUGAACAUCUGUAUGCACUAGCCUGGACUAACAUUAGCCAGCCUGGAUCCAAACCCUUUACGCCUGAAACACACCUAUAACUGUAAUCUAUCUGCCAUUUCUGCUCAAAACUGCUGCUCUAAAAUACAAACAUGGCUGCUACAGGAAGGAAGCACUUGGUGAAAGACUUCAACCAUUUCAUCACCUGUUACCUGUGUCGAGGUUACCUGAUUAAACCCACCACGGUCACCGAGUGCCUGCACACCUUCUGUAAGAGCUGCAUUGUGCAGCACUUUGAGGACAGCAACGACUGUCCUAGAUGUGGCAUUCAAGUCCAUGAGACCAACCCACUGGAGAUGCUCAGGUUGGACAACACCCUGGAGGAAAUCAUUUUCAAGCUGGUGCCUGGACUCAGAGAAAGAGAGGAACAGCAGGAACUGGAGUUCUGGAAGAAGAACCAGCCCAGGGAGAACGGCCAAGCAGAAAACGCGAGGCGCCAGAGGCUCGGUCUGCCUGACGUCGUGGGCGAUUAUGGAGGCGCUGGCGAUGAUGAUGACGGCGGCGACGACGAAGAUUACCACAGGAAAGAUCCCCAGAUCGCCAUCUGUCUGGACUGCCUGCGCAACACGGGCCAGUCUGCGGAGGCCACUGUCACGGAUUUGAUGAAGAGAUUCAUCCGCUGCUCCAGUAGAGUCACAGUGGGAACAAUUAAGAAGUUCCUCAGUCUGAAACUACAGCUGCCCAGCUCUUAUGAGCUGGACGUGCUGUGUAACGGAGAGAUCAUGGGCAGAGAUCACACUCUGGAGUUCAUCUACAUGACCCGGUGGAGGCUGCACGGAGAGAAUACAUAUCCCAUGGUUCUCGAGUAUCGACCACGGAUCGACUUUGGCUAAACCACAGCUGCAAGAAGAAGACCACACACACACACACACACACACCCACACACACACACACACACACACCUACAUGUCCACAGCGUGCAGAGAAAGAGAUUUAAAUGUAUUUUUGUACAGCCAAUGAUGAAGUGCAUACGUUGUCAUGGUAAAGAGGUUUUAUGCUACAUAGAAUAAUAUAUGCUAUAAUAUAUGAUAUUUUUAAAUGUAUGUCCCUGUGCCUAAAAACCUGUUGAGAUCAGAAAUGAAGUUUCAGCAUAUCUUCACUUUGCCUGUCUAACUCUGUAGAUUAAAUGUUGAUUUUCUACUGUU